UUCACAUUCCAACAUUUCAUCAUCAUCGUUAGUUGUUCAAGGCAGCAGUCAGGACAAAAGCACCAUUCCUACACCUACCACCAGACAGUCAUGUCUAGCAGCAACAAAUAUAAUCCCGCGCGACCAAAGCGACCCGGCGAUCUUUUCACCCGGACCCAUCACCUCGAAGGUGGUGAACCCUCUACAAAAAAGCCCCGCUUCGAUCCAAGAAACCCUUCGACAUUGGUGCCGGAUGCCGAAGAGGAGGAUCCAAUUCUAGACGCAGACGAGAUUGGAAAGGGCGCCGGAAUAAAACGCAAUGCAGUCAACAUCGACGGUUACGAUUCAGACAGCUCCACGGAGAACUUUGAUGCAAGAGCCGAUGCCAAAGCAAAAGCAAAGGAGGCCCCUACAAAGGAUGAUGAUGAUGACGACAUGUUCGCAGAGUCAGACAAGGAGGAAGAAGAGGAAGUGACACGGCGAGGGGAUAAAAAAAAGCCGGCGGUACGAUUUUUGGAGGACCAUGAAAUCGAAGGGCAAGAGGAUGCCAGUAAAUCCGGGGGUCACGUUGCCGUUGAUCUCAAUUCAAAUGGACGCAUGGAGACCGAUGACGUUGAAUCAAGUAGUGAUGAGAGCGGGGGUGACGAGGAACGCGAUAAAAUGGAUCCAGAUCUGGAUGAGGAAAUCGGCGCUGGAGGCAAAAAGAAACAUGCUCCGAAAUUAGAUGCUUUCAACAUGCGAGCCGAGCAGGAAGAUGGCAGGUUCGACGAGGCUGGAAAUUACGUCAGAAAGGCAUACGACCCCGACGCAGCUCAAGAUGCAUGGUUAGACGGGCUUUCCAAGAAAGACAUCAAAAAGGCUAGAGAAGCUCACGAGAAGCGUGAAGCAGCACAAAAGGAACGAGAGCGCCUUGAAGAUUCUAUAACGCUUGGCGAAGUCCUGUCUACCAUGAUAGAGCACUUGCAGUUGGGCGAAACGCCUAUGGAGGCUUUGGCGCGAUUAGGAAAGGCAAUGCCAAAGAAGAAAAAGAACUUCAACCGCAAUAAAAAGGCGAUGGAUGUUGAUUCAGAAGUUGACCCUGCCCAAGACGCCGAAGAGCAGAAGAUCAAGGCUUCUAUAGACGCCAUCACCGAAUCUGCAAGUCGAUUGACCGACCGGGGUGUGGAUGACGUCUAUGAGGUUCCCCGAGAACUGAUAAUGCGCCAGUACAAGCGCGAGACCGGAGAAGAUUGGAAGAAUCCGAACCCUCCACAGUGGGAGUUCCACUGGCUUGCGGCACCCGAGGGCGAAAUCAAUGGGCCAUACAGCGUCGAAACCAUGCGAGCAUGGCAGGAGAGUGGUCAGUUCGAGGCUGGCGCAGAAUUCAGGCGCGUAGGAGAGGAAGAAUUCUCGAGACUCCUAGACCUAGACGAUUAAUAUGUCAUGUCUCACAUCGCAUGCAUGUGAAAUUCUAAUGCUGAGUACCCGUGCGGGGUUUUUGCGAACAAACAG